GAAAACAGCGGCCAUGUUUUAACUCUCGGUUGAGUUUACUGUAGCAAAUACUGAUCACUUGUAAUUUACACUUGUUGGAACCAUAGACUGUGGUUGGAACAUGGCUUUCCAGUGUCAGAGGGACUGUUACAUGCAGGAGUUCGACACGUGUGUCGUGUCUUGUGUGCCUGCAGAAUUAACCCUCGAGAAUAAUGGAAAGAAAGACAAGCUGAAGGGCUUUAAUCUGAAACUGAAAGACACGAUUCUGUUUCCAGAGGGCGGAGGACAGCCUGAUGAUCAUGGGACGGUUGGAGGUGUCCCUGUCCUGCGGGUGUUGAGACAGGGUCCGGAGGCGGUGCAUUUCAUCAGCUCUGCUCUGGAGGAGGGUCAGGAGGUGCACAUCAAGCUGGACUGGGAGCGACGCUUUGACCACAUGCAGCAGCAUUCGGGUCAACACUUGAUCACAGCUUUGGCUGAUACAAUGUUUGGAUACAAAACUACCUCUUGGGAUUUGGGACGUCAGCGUAGCAGCAUAGAGCUGGACACAGCCGCGGUGAAGCCUGGAGAGAUGGAGGCUUUGGAGGCGGCUGUGAAUGAAAAGAUCCAUGCACACAUUCCAGUCACUGUCAAUCUCCUGUCCAUUGAUGAUCCUGCUGUGGAGAAGGUGAGAAGCCGAGGUCUUCCUGACGACCACGCUGGGCCCAUCAGGAUCAUUGACAUCGAGGGCGUAGAUGCCAACAUGUGCUGCGGGACUCAUGUGUCCAACCUCAGUCACCUUCAGGUUAUAAAGAUUUUGGGGACCGAAAAAGGGAAGAAGAAUAAAACCAACCUGAUUUUCAUAGCUGGCAGCAGAGUGCUGAAAUAUGCUGAAAAGAGUUACAGCAUUGAAAAAUCACUGACCGGCCUUCUCAAGACAGGAGCAGAUGAGCACGUUGAUGCUGUGGACAAGCUACAGAAGACGGUCAAACGUCUUCAGAAGAGUAAUCUAAUUAUCCUGAGGGAAAUGGCUGUUCUGAUAGCGCAGAACUUCAAAAACAAAGCGGACAGAGGAAACUUCUUCAGCUUGCACAAUAGAGACGGUGAUAAUGAGUUCAUGAACAUCAUCGCCAAUGAAAUUGGAUUUCAGGACACCGUGAUCUUUCUGACCGUGGGUGAGGAGAAGGGUGCAGGACUGUUCCUGCUCGCCGGGCCUGAGAAUAUUGUCACUGAAGUGGGACCUCGGGUGUCAGAGCUGCUGCAGGGUAAAGGAGCAGGAAAGGCUGGACGUUACCAGGGUAAAGCCAACAGUCUGGUGAAGAGAGCAGAAGCUGAAGCUUUACUGAAGGAGCACAGCUGCAAACUCACUGCAGGAGAAGAAUAAAACGACCGCAGACAGACACUGACAUUCAGGUGCGGUCAUGACGAUCCAGACUCUGUCUACACCGAAUACAUGCAUCAUGCUGCGACUCGUCAAAACUAGACUGCUUUGUUGCAGUCUACACUGGAAGCGCACAAUACGUUGCAACACAUCAUGAUGCACCUUCAGUUGAUAGAGGCUGCAUUUCUGUUUUUGAUGCACUACAUAACUUCUCCAGCCUAUUUAUUAUUCUGCUCCAUCUAAAAAAAAAUGUAUGUUUCCAUGCUGUAGAUUUAUUAGUUAUACUGUAUAUUAUACUUCUGACUUGUUGCAUCACAGCCAGCUUGUGAUGUUUCGGACCUUCAGAUUUA